GCUGUUCUUAUUUACGUUUGAUCGCUUAAAAAAACAUCACUACACUACGUUAACAUGCCCCACCACCAAUCCACCUGCACAGCGCACUCAGUGCAGGGAUGAUCCUUACCAUGGAGCCUUUGGAAGCCCGGUUUGCCAUUGCUCGAGAGGAGGACUUCAGUGAAGCUCUCAGGUUUAGUGGCGACUCUGAACAGGAAAGCGAACUUCGUAGACUAGCUGUGGAAUAUGAUGAUUUUAGUCUUGAUGAACUUGCGAAAAAAUUGCGGCUGCAUCACUCCGUUGCUAAUGCUGAAAAGCAACGUCAGAUUUUCGGAUUUUGUUGGUUGAAGCGAAACUGUGAGGCACAAGCAGACGCUGCAGUACAGCGGAAUCAUAUUUACGCUCAAUACGUUGAUUCUUGCAAUGCCCUGCGGACGAAACCCCUAAAUCCGGCGUCUUUUGGCAAACUCGUACGCUUGUUGUUUCCAGCUAUAAAGACAAGACGUCUUGGAACACGUGGGCAUAGUAAGUAUCACUAUUGUGGCAUCCGGCUUCGAGGAGAAUGCUUUCGGCGAGUUAAAAAAAACGGAAGUGGAAGCCCUCAAAGCGGUAUAGUCCAUCAGUCUGGAAUUGAUUCUACACUGAUGCAGUCGAAAAAUGUGCCUUCCCCGCCAAUAAUUAACUCAGCUUCAAACUUAUCCCUGUCCAUAAAUCCAUCUGUUGAUACAGCCGCAUUAGACGUCUCAACACAAGAGCGUUUCGUCACAGAAACUGGUAAUCAUAAUGCUUCUCAUUCUUCGUUGACUGAUUCGCACGGUGGUACUACGCAUUCACAAUCAUCUCAUCCACAAUCCCACAGUCCUCGCUCUACUCUCCCAUCUAUUUCCACUGAUCCCUCUCUCAUUUCCCCUGUUGCCUUUGAUUCAAUCCGUUACGUCCCCUGUCUUCAUCUUGCAUUUAUCCCUCCUCACCGGCUCCCCUGGAUUCCUAAUUUGAACAUCAAGGCCUUCACCCUCCCUCCGUUGAAUGUACAGCUCCCAGAGCCCUAUAACAAUGAAGAUGCUAAACGUGCUUUGUCCACGGUGUAUGCAGCCCAUUGCACUACAUUAAUCGAGUCAGUCCGGUUUAUGCAUUUAAAACAGUUUCUCUCCCAAAUUGCUAGCUUUCCAUCAACACUUUCUUCUCCGUUGCUCACACUACUUAGUGCCCCGGAACUUGGUCCGUGGAUUGAACAAGCUGAUAUAGUGAUGUAUCGGGAAAUUAUACGUCUCCUCUUCCCUAUGACUUUACAAGUUGUUCCACCUCCAGUGCUUGUAUUACUUCGCCAUCUAGCGGCUAAUUUGGAAAGUCAUGUUUCUUCCAUUUAUGCAUCGCAUUCUAAUUCUUUGAGACAAGCUAAAGUUAUGACGGCUACUGUUUUUGGAACGCUCCUCUCUCGCUUGCUUCGUGUAAAUGAUACCGCACAUGCAGCGGCUCGCUUUUUGGCCAACCCUGCUGAUCGUCAAUUGAUCUGCGGCGAUUGGAAUCGCUUUAUUGACGUGCAAUACAUAGUGUAUCGAGAACUUUCAGGAGGUCAUAAGGACGCAAUUUCAGCAAUCGAUGAGUGGUACAGAAUUUUAUCCAGCUACAACACUUGCGAAGACGGUAUACCUAAGACAAAGGAAGGCGAAGUAGGGAAUGGCAACUAUUCCGUAAAUCGUGUGGAGCUACGGCAAAUUGAUGGUGUGUUGGAUCGAAUGGCUGACUUCUUCCUUGAACUGCCUUCUCGAUUCCCUUCAUGCAGUCCCAAACUGUUCCUGUUGAAUUUAAGCGCCCUGCUUACAGGAAUAUUGCGUGAAAUUACGGUAUCUGGGGGCGAGGCGUUUGGUGCCUUAUGGGUUAUACGCUGUUGGAUUGAUGAGUACGUCACAUGGGUUGCUGAGAUUGGAGGUUAUCUAGAGGACGACCGUGAUCAUGUCAAUAUCCAGAAUACUAAUGUUCAUGGAAACAUUAUGGAGUCCGCACUAAACAUUGCUUUAGACUCGGGCUCUUCAUUAAAUGGAAAUGUCCAGGCUGGUACUCAAAAUGUUCCGGCAAAUCUUAUGGCUAGCAUGGUUAUGAACAACGUCCAGUCUGCGGAGCGUUCAAACUCUCAAACGUUUCCCCACAUGACUCUACAUCCAGAGUUACACCCUGGAAAGGAAGCUUUAAUAGAUCAAUAUCGGUCGAAGAAAGAUGAAGAAUACAUGAGUAUUGUGUUCGACGGACCUUAAGGGAUAGCUUUGCUUCCCGUGUGCAUAUAGAAUGUAUAAAGUACGAAUUUAUAUUUCUCAUUACUUCCGUUUUCAUCCAUACUUGUUCAUAGUCAUGCAGAGGAUAAACUUCUUAACUACGAACAAUUUUUAAUUUGCGUACGAGUGUGUAUUGAUGUAGUCAAUUAGCAAAUAUGAAACAGAAAGGUAACCAAAAAAG